AUGGAAGAUGGAAGAUGGAACUCUUCCACCCAGGGACGGAGACACAUUGAGACAAAUGGGGUCUACGGACCCCACUUGUUUUCAAACUCCGGUGUAAAAAAGCUUCAUUUUUCUGAUAAUUUCAGCCAUUUGUGGGGGCAAAUAAGAGAAACAUAUCUGCAUAGUCAUAGACAUGAUCUGAAGCUACCAAAUCAACGUAGAACGAAACCCAUUACAUGGUUCAUCGCAUUCUUUUGUGCCAUACUAUGGGUUAUGAUAAUUCUUGGUGGACUAAUCGUUCUCAUUGUGUAUCUUGUGUUCCGUCCAAAAAAUCCAUCAUUCGACAUCCCCAACGCAACGCUCAAUACCAUCUACCUUGAUACUAAUGCGCAACUCACCUCUGAUGGUUCUCUACUCAACUCUGAUGUAACCAUCUUAACCAACUUCACGAAUCCGAACCAGAAAGUGAAAAUCGACUACAGUUACAUGGUCAUUGAAUUAUAUUAUAUGAAUACCCUCAUUGCAACCACCUCAGUUAGUCCAUUUUCAGCUGGAAAAGCAGAAUCAAAGCUACUGGGAAUACAUUUCGUGACAAGUCAAGUCAAGUUAUCAUCCAACGAAAUCCAACAGAUCAGGAAGGAGGUGGGAAACAAUACUGUGAAGUUUGAUGUUCAGGGAAAGUUUAGAACAAGAUCAAAUUUUGGAAGUCUCAUCCGUUAUUCGCAUUGGUUGCACGGUCGAUGCACCAUAGUUCUUGCAGGACCACCUUACGGGACUUUAAUUUCGCACAAAUGCAUAACGAAACGUUAAUGUCUGAUUUGUCCUUCAUUGAUUAGCCAUUAUCUAUGUCCUCCUUUCAUUAGUCAUUCUAAAUUUGUGUUUCAUACUCUCGUCUACCGUGAUUUUGUGGCAAUCAAAGAUGCUUACUUAUAUGUGAAAAAUACU